GAUAUUACAAAGAGAAAAAAAGAACAAAACCUCCAUUGAAGCAAAAGACUAGCUCAUCUUUGUUCCUUUCGGUAUCUAAUCAAUGACGACGACGAAGCUAUCAAGCUGUUUCUUAACCAAUGGAUUAGUAGGAAUCUCCUGCAAAAGAGAGCACGGAGGUUCUCCUCGAUUUUUCUAUCCCCCUUCUCGUCGAUUGCUUCCUGCUUCCUGUAAGAUCCGACAACAACGUGGUUUCGACUCCAGUAAAAGACAAGAUAUCAAGAAAGGCUCUCCUGAACCAAUCCUACCCAUUAACUCAAGUCUUCAGAGCAACAGCGAGGAGGAGGACUCACAACCUGAUAACGGUUCAGCAGACACUAUUCAUUCCACCGUAGAAACUAAUCAUGUGGAUUCAAGUACUGAAAACAGAGAUGAAGAUGUACAGCAAAGUGAAGUUACUCGGCUUAAAAACAAACAUACAAAGAAGAAAGAGAGUGAUGGGCAAGACUUGAAUGUUUUGACCGUUCCUGAGGUUGCAAAAGCUUUGUCCAUUAACAAAAGCGGAGGUGAGCAGUUCUCAGAUGGACAGUUUGGGGAGCUAAUGACGAUGAUAAGAAACGCUGAGCAAAGUGAUAUUCUCCGGCUUGACCAAGCACGAGUCAGCGCUCUCGCCGAGCUUAGCAAGAUCCUAAGUGAAAAAGAAGCAUUACAGGGAGAAAUCAACGUUCUGGAAAUGAAGCUAGCUGAGACUGACGAAAGGAUCAAAACCGCCGCUCAAGAGAAAGUACGCGUAGAGCUUCUAGAAGAACAGCUAGAGAAGCUUCGUCAAGAGAUGGUUUCUCCUCCUCCAGAGAGCGAUGGUUAUGUUCUAGCUCUUAGCAAAGAGAUAGAAACGUUGAAGAUAGAGAAUCUGUCAUUGAGAAACGAUAUAGAAACGCUCAAGUCGAAGCUUGAGAGUGUUGAGAAUACAGAUGAACGUGUGGUCGUGUUGGAAAAGGAAUGCUCGGGUUUGGAGUCUUCUGUGAAAGAUUUGGAGAGUAAGCUGUUGGUUUCUCAGGAAGAUGUUUCCAAGCUUUCCUCUCUCAAAACAGAAUGCAGUGAUCUAUGGACAAAGGUGGAGAGUCUGCAGCUGCUGUUAGAUAGAGCUACAAAACAAGCGGAGCAAGCGGUUUUGGUGUUGCAACAGAAUCAAGAUUUCAAAAGCAGGGUUGAGAAGAUCGAGGAAUCGCUUAAAGAAGCCAAUGUUUAUAAAGAAUCAUCUGAAAAGAUUCAACAGUACAAUGAGUUAAUGCAAGAUAAGGUGGAAUUACUCGAGGAGCGGCUCGAGAAGUCUGAUGCGGAAAUAUUCUCGUACGUUCAGUUAUAUCAAGAAUCGAUCAAAGAGUUCCAGGAAACGCUUGAGAGAUUGAAGGAAGAAAGCAAUAGAAAAGAGCCGAGAGAUGAACCGGUCGAUGACAUGCCUUGGGAUUAUUGGAGUCGUUUGCUUCUAACUGUUGAUGGAUGGCUGCUUGAAAAGAAGAUAGGAAGCGAUGAUGCAGAGUCGCUGAGAGAAAUGGUGUGGAAGAAAGAUAGAAGGAUCCACGAUACGUACAUUGACGUCAAAGACAAGAGUGAACGUGAUGCAAUCUCUGCAUUUCUCAAGCUUGUGUCAUCUCCAACAAGUCAAGGAUUGUAUGUGGUUCACAUUGCAGCUGAGAUGGCACCUGUAGCUAAGGUGGGAGGUUUGGGGGAUGUUGUGGCAGGUCUUGGUAAGGCCUUGCAAAGAAGAGGCCAUUUGGUGGAGAUCAUCCUUCCCAAAUAUGAUUGUAUGCAAUAUGAUCGCGUCCGUGACUUAAGGGCUUUGGAUACUGUUGUGGAGUCAUACUUUGAUGGGAAGUUAUAUAAAAACAAAAUCUGGAUAGGCACUGUUGAAGGUUUGCCUGUACAUUUCAUCGAGCCACAACAUCCGAGCAAAUUCUUCUGGAGAGGACAGUUCUACGGAGAGAAAGAUGACUUCAAACGCUUCUCAUACUUCAGCCGCGCUGCAUUAGAGUUGCUUCUUCAGUCCGGCAAGAAACCAGACAUCAUACAUUGUCAUGACUGGCAAACAGCUUUUGUUGCGCCGCUUUAUUGGGAUCUGUAUGCUCCAAAGGGGUUAGACUCCGCAAGAAUAUGCUUUACAUGUCACAACUUUGAGUAUCAAGGUACAUCAUCUGCUUCAGAUCUUGGAUCAUGCGGCCUUGAUGUUAACCAGUUAAACAGACCAGACAGAAUGCAAGAUCACUCAUCUGGAGAUAGAGUCAAUCCUGUUAAGGGUGCUAUCAUUUUCUCAAACAUUGUUACAACGGUGUCCCCUACUUACGCACAAGAAGUUCGAACAUCUGAGGGAGGAAAGGGACUUCAUUCGACACUCAAUUCCAACUCCAAGAAGUUCAUUGGGAUCCUUAACGGCAUUGACACAGAUUCGUGGAAUCCAGCGACGGACCCUUUCCUUAAGGCUCAGUUCAACGCUAGAGAUCUACAAGGGAAAGAAGAAAACAAAUACGCACUUAGAAAGCAGCUUGGACUCUCUUCAGCAGAGUCAAGACGGCCUUUGGUUGGUUGCAUCACAAGAUUAGUGCCACAGAAAGGAGUUCAUCUAAUCAGACAUGCUAUAUACAGAGCGUUAGAGUUAGGUGGACAGUUUGUUCUUCUUGGUUCUAGUCCAGUGCCUCAUAUUCAGAGGGAAUUUGAAGGGAUUGAGCAACAGUUUAAGAGCCAUGAUCAUGUCCGGUUGUUACUCAAGUACGAUGAAGCUCUGUCUCAUUCGAUCUACGCAGCAUCUGAUAUGUUCAUCAUUCCUUCUAUUUUCGAACCUUGUGGACUUACACAGAUGAUCGCUAUGAGGUAUGGCUCCAUCCCAAUCGCGCGUAAAACAGGUGGCUUAAACGACAGUGUCUUUGACAUCGAUGAUGAUACAAUACCAACUCAGUUUCAAAACGGGUUUGCAUUUCAAACCGCUGAUGAACAGGGUUUGAACUACGCGUUGGAGAGGGCAUUUAAUCACUACAAGAAAGAUGAAGAGAAGUGGAUGAGACUGAUGGAGAAAGUGAUGAGCAUAGACUUCAGCUGGGCAUCAUCGGCUACGCAAUACGAAGAGCUCUACACGAGAUCAGUGGCCAAAGCUAGAGCUUCUCCUAACCGCACGUGAGUUUUUUUCACGUGCCUCCUCAUAGAGAUUCUUUCUUGUAACACACUCAUAUUUAUUUUGUUAUUAUAUAUAUAUAUAUAUGAUCUGCUUUACUUGUUCAUAAUAGAAUAACACUCUGGAGGUUGAAUCACAUUCAAAAGA